GUCCCCGUCGUGGCAUCGCCUCCCCGCCGCCGCGACACGAGGCGGCCAACACCGUUCAUCCACCAUCCCUUCCACGCCUGCUAGAGUUUCCGUAGCACCGCUAGGUCCUCCGACCUGUCGAUCCCUUUCCCACACCGCUGGCUACUGUUCGCCGCCGCUGCAGCUACCUAGAUCUCUCCGCCUGCUGGACUACCGCGCCCGUUGCCUCAGACACGCACGUAUUGUCCCGAAACCGGAGCAGUGAGCUUUAUCCAUGUCGAGACUGCGGGCGCUGUGGCAAGCUUCCGUGAACGCCACCAAGCGAGCCGUUGUAUGGAAUUCAGAAGAUUUAUUUCCACCAAGUGAAAGAUUCAUCUUCAAUUUUAAUUCAAAAGAUGAAGUGAAGAAGUGGCACUUGUACUCGGAUUCAGAGUAUGGAGGUUUAUCAUCUGCAUCAUUGGAGAUUACUGAUGGUGUUUCUGGUGGGGAUACUUCAGCAGCUGGUGUCUUUUCUGGCAAUCUCUCCUUGGAUAUGUCUGAAGGAUCACCAUGGAGGAUCAGGCGUAGUGGUUUCUGCGGAAUGCGAUCAAAGAAGUUUGAUGGUUUUAUCGAUCUUGAUUCAUAUGAUACAAUAGCAAUGAAGGUCAGAGGGGAUGGAAGAUGCUACAUAUCUACUAUAUACACCGAGAACUGGGUAAAUUCACCUGGACAAGAGGAAGAUAACUCAUGGCAGGCUUUUGUGUACGCACCUCGGGAUAAUUGGCGAAUCUUGAAGAUCCCUCUUGAUAGUUAUUUACCUACAUGGAAAGGAAAUGUGAUCGAAGCAAAGUUGGAAAUGAAUCCUUCUCGCGUCGUGGGAAUGUCCCUUUCUUUAAAUGCAGAAGGUGGCGUUCCGGGUGCUAAGACUGGGCCAGGCGAUUUUAGAUUAGAGGUUGAUUGGAUCAAGGCGAUGAGGACGCUGUGAUUUCCGCAGUUGGUUCAUUUGGAUUUCACAGGGAUUUUCUGGGCCAAAAAUUCCUCAAGCUGUGUUACCUUAGACAAUAUUUUCUACUCCUGCAUCCCUUGUAAGCUGCAUGAAAUGUUUCAGUUUGUAUCAGGCUUGGAAAGUUUAGCGCCAGGGAAUAAAGAUUUUCCUUCACUUGUUGAAGACCAUGAACAGCAAAUGUUACACGGCUCUUUUCGAUGAGUUUGUCCACCUGAA